CGAGUAGCUUUCAGGAGCAGAUAUUCGAUGACAGCUCGGGAGCUGAUGCUAAACCGGUCCCGCGUGCUCUUGGGAUAGCAACAGAAACCGGCGAAAUGCUGCUGUUGUUGUGAAAUGAAAGAAUAGCGCUGUGUAUGGGGAAAGACGCCUAAUUACUUCUAAAUGGCGGUGCUGUGAUCCGCCCAGCGUAGCGGCCGGCGAGUUCCCUGAACACCCGCUUCCCUGCUGCAGGUAGCUGGGAUUAGCGUGUGGUAUAACCGCGCAGGAUCAGGCUAAUAUGGAGAGUUCUGGGGAGGCAAGCUGGAUGCUGAAGCCGGAGACAACCUGCUCAUCCUGUGGUGGAAAGGAGCCUCCUGUUUCUGGGAAAGCUUUUCGAAAUAAACCAAAAGCCAGGAGUAUGUCCACCUCAGCUGUGCUCAGCAGUGCAGAGUUCAGGCGAACUCAGUCGCUGCAUGGACCAAGUCCAGUGACCACCUUCGGGCCCAAAGCUUGUAUGAUGAAGAACCCAAAAGCAGUGAUGCAUAUCCAAGACCCAGCGAGUCAGAGGUUGACCUGGAACAAGCCACCCAAAAGUGUCCUUGUAAUUAAAAAGAUUCAGGAUGUCAGUCUUCUGCAGCCUUUUAAAGAGCUUUGCAUCUUCCUCACAGAGCAGAAAAAAAUGAUCGUUUACGUGGAGAGGAAAGUCCUGGAGGACCCCGCCAUUGCUAACGACGAGAGCUUCGUGGCCGUGAAAAAGAGUUUCUGCACUUUUCGAGAAGAUUAUGACGACAUCUCCAAUCGGGUAGACUUCAUCAUCUGUUUGGGAGGAGAUGGAACUUUGCUGUACGCUUCCUCCCUCUUCCAGGAGAGCGUACCUCCAGUUAUGCCCUUCCAUUUAGGCUCACUGGGCUUUCUGACACCUUUUAACUUCGACACCUACCAAUCUCAGGUUACACAGGUUAUUGAAGGCAACGCAGCCAUAAUCCUGCGGAGUCGACUGAAAGUAAAGGUGGUGAAAGAAAACUGGGAGAAGACCAGACCAAAGGAGAAAAACGUAAUCAUCGCAAACGGGGAAGUCGAAUCUGGCCGAAAAACUAUGCAAUAUCAAGUGCUCAAUGAGGUCGUUGUGGACCGAGGUCCCUCCUCCUACCUCUCGAACGUCGAUCUUUACCUGGACGGUCACCUGAUCACCACCGUUCAAGGCGAUGGAGUGAUCGUGUCCACUCCGACAGGCAGUACUGCGUACGCUGUGGCAGCAGGAGCUUCCAUGAUCCACCCCAAUGUCCCAGCCAUCAUGAUCACCCCAAUCUGUCCUCACUCGCUCUCUUUCAGACCCAUAGUUGUCCCUGCUGGCGUUGAGCUCAAGAUUAUGCUGUCAUGUGAGGCCAGAAACAACGCGUGGGUUUCCUUUGAUGGGAGGAAACGGCAGGAGAUUGGACACGGAGACAGCAUCACCAUCACCACAUCGUGCUUCCCCGUCCCAUCCAUCUGUUUCCGGGACCCAGUGAACGACUGGUUUGAAAGUCUGGCUCAGUGUUUGCACUGGAACGUGCGCAAGAAGCAGAGCCACCUGAGCUCAGAAGAAGAGGAGUUUUGAGUAUUUGCUCGGGAGCACUUUGUUUCAUUUUUCUUCUUUUUAAUGCCUAUCACUGGGAUACGUCGUCCCACUUUUAACCACAGACUUUUGUGAAGCUGUUGCUUCUUGGUCAAUUUUGUGCGUUUGUAACAAUUUUUAGGAAAAAAAAAAAAAGAAGAAUUAUUCCAAUUUGUAGAUGGUGUAUGAGACAACGGUCAUAAGCUGCCAGGAAUAUUAGAGUAGUUUAAUGAUGACACAGUAUAAAGAGGUGAAACAUCAGGUAUCGUUGGCUCAUGCAUGAGGAGCGUUUAAGCACCACAGCAAUAACUGGAUAUCAGUCAAAUUCGUGCCUUAAAUUACAUAGAACGUUAGAAAUCCUUACUGGUUUGUGGAAUAACAGCUUAGAUUUGUGUAUCAUAGUUAAAGAUAUUCUAGAAAUAAAUAAGGCCAGAGGGACUCAUUUGUGCAGGGCACUGCACAAGAAAGCUUGUACAAUUUUUUUUUAAAUUUUUUUUGGGUCAAGGAAACUACUGUAUAAUUUUAAGUCUUGCAGGUAAACAACCACCAAGAAGUAUUUGAUUCCUGAGAUCAUUCCAGUAGCCUGGAAUAGUUCAUUCCAGGUCUGUUAGGACCAUUGUGUUUCCUCUUUUCUUUUCUAAGAUGUAUGGUUUUGAGCAAUAUUUUAUUAAGGAAUUAUGAUUACCGGUUAUUGUUUCCCCAAUUCCAUCACCUUCUUACAACUUAUAAUGAUGACGUCUGCUGAGUUUUGAAUCAAGUAUAAUGAGGCAGCCUGCAGUUUCAAGUGUCCUUUUCACUAAACUUUAGCUUUACGUCUGAAAACAUUGAACAGGCUUCUCUACCACAGAAAGACUUUUCUCAAAAGAACUUAUUUUGUGUUACUACGUUGUGCUUCGUGCAGUCACGUGCACUUGGUCUAGUUUACUACUAUAUUAAAGGCUGUUAAAGGUCAGUUCAGCCACACGUGCCCUGUUCUAGAAGAAGAAAACGAGGAAUAAUCUGUUUACAUUCAUUCUCCCUCUCCGACGCGCCCAAUCUUUUUAUUUAACGUAUGAAGAAAGUUGCACUGUCGUUCUCAUUAAUAAUGUCAUGGUCAUGUACUCUACUCGUUAAAUGGCUUCUGUAAGUCAUGCUGUUGUUGUCCUGGUUUAUGUUACUUACUGUAAGAGCUGCCCUCUUUAUGAAUUCUUGCUCUCGAAAUCUUUUGACCUAAUGUUAAGUAGCUACUACUUUUUCUGAAACCAAAAUGAUCAGUCUUAAUUACUCUCACUGACAUCAUUAGAUGGUUGAUCUUCUGGGAAUGACGAGGUAAGAUGCUCAGGAGAGAAUUAAUUUGCGUGCAAGAAUUUCUUGGGGCAAAGCCGAGCUUGCGGUGUAAUGAAGUGUCUCAUUCUUUCAAAUCUGCUUUCGACAUGACCUAAUUAAAAAAAUUCAUUGGUU